AGGCAAACGCUGCAGGAGUCAUCAUGUACACAGUGAUCAUCACUGCAGGGAAGCAGCAGUGUCUUGACCUGGAUAUCGUCCCUGUCCUCCUGCACUUGCUAUCCAUCCAGAGACAGGAGGAUGAGGAGGCGGAGAGGAGGCCGAGGAGGAAGGCUCUCGUGGUGUACGCCCUGCGGGCUCUGACCUCGCUGGCAGAGGCUCCAGACGGCCGCCGCCUCCUGCUGGAGCAGCUCCCCGUGCUGAAGAGUCGGAGUGAGGCAACAGAGGAGGACGAUGACAUCCGGCGGGCCGCUCAGACCGUGGUCAGGGUCGUCACCUGGACCCCCUGAGACCCUGAUGACCUCUGACCUCCAGAUUUUCAGUUCACCUCAGCUGAGAAAUAAAUGACAUGAUGAACUUCAUGGAUUUUAUUUAUAACAUGAUAAAAUAAUUCUGUCUUUCAUUGUAUUUACAUUUUUGUGACUGUGAAUAAAGAUGGACGA